GGGAAUGAGGAAAAUAACAAAAUUGAUGAAAUGACCGAAGUACCCUCGCUCCCCACUAUAAAUGUAAAUGCCCGGCGCCGUUCCUCCUUCCAUUCCACGUCCGUUCCAUCUUCGGACUACCCUUUUUUGUUUUUUGGUUAGUGAGAGCUAGUCAGAGCGCGGAGAUGUUGGGCGUAUUCAGCAGCUCGAUAGUGUCGCCGCCAGAGGAGCUGGUUGCUGCCGGCAGUCGGACGCCGUCGCCGAAGACCACGGCGGCCGCGCUGGUGAACCGGUUCGUCGAUAGCAGUCCCUCCGCGGUGUCGGUACAGAUCGGAGACAGCGUUCAGUUGGCCUACACUCACCACAAGGAGUCGCCCUUGCAUCCCAGAGCAUUUGGAGCGAAGGAGGAAAUAUUCUGCCUGUUCGAGGGAGGACUGGACAACUUGGGGAGCCUGAGGCAGCAGUACGGGCUGGGGAAGCCGGCAAACGAGGUGGCGCUGGUGAUGGAGGCUUACAAGGCCCUCCGCGACCGCGCCCCUUACCCUCCCAACCACGUCGUCUCCCACCUCUCCGGCUACUUCUCCUUCCUCGUCUUCGAUCACACCACUUCCACCGUGUUCGUCGCCUCCGAUCAAUUUGGGAAGGUGCCGCUGUACUGGGGAAUCACCGCCGACGGGCACGUGGCAUUCGCCGACGACGCCGAUCUCCUCAAAGGUGCUUGCGGAAAGUCGCUGGCUUCUUUCCCUCAAGGAUGCUUCUUCUCGACGGCGGUAGGAGGAUUGAGAAGCUAUGAGAAUCCAAAAAGCAAGAUCACCGCAGUUCCUGCCCCCGAUGAAGAGAUCUGGGGUGCUACCUUCAAGGUGGAAGGGCCAGCAGUGCUUGCAGCCACAAAGUAGAUCACAACGCAAGAAAAUGUUUCUUCCUCUGCUAGCUACGUACGUACCUAAUUGAGUGAUCAGCAGACCCUCUAUUACAGAUAUAUAUAUAUAUAAUUAUAUAUAACAUCCAAUUGGGCGAGUUAAUCACAGGGUGACACUUUCAAGUGGAGGGCUGGCUGUGACAGUGAGUGAGUGCAUGCAUGCAUGCAUGCGUGGGAUCCAUCUACGUAGAUGGCAAAUUAAUUAAAACCCGUAUCUAUAUCUGUCAAUAACUACCUUUUAGUUAUCUGUACUACCUUUUCAUUGUGAAUUACCUAGCUAGCUGCCUGCAGGCUUUGUAUUAUUUAUUGUCGUCGGUUAAUCGUUCUGCACUCUUUGGGUUAGCUCCUGAUAGGUUAAGUUACGAGUAUUUCACCCUUUGUAAAGCUGUUUUAAUUUCCCUAUUGUCUAGUAAGAGUUUGUUUUGUUGUAUUACGUUUUAUGCAAAUAAAAAACAGGGUAUGUUUGUACUA